AUGAAAACCGCUUCGCGGGUCGGGGCGCUCCGGGGCGCGUCGCGGUCGGGUCGGGGCGGCCUCGGCCAGGGUCGCCCCGACUUGAGAACAGCUCUGCUAGAGAGUACACGGCGUCCGUGUUCGAGCCCCACGAUCACCGCCGUGCCCGUACAAGCGAAACUGAGGGAUUUACUUGUGGAAGAGCGAGGAGAAGGACCGUAA